AUGCUGAUUGCUGCGUUCAUAGUCUUAAUAUACGCCAUCAAUGUCAGUGUUGUGGACAUGGAUGAACUUUGUGAGCCUAGAACUGGAGCUGUUGAUUGUGAGAUUGUCGGACCUGUUGCCAAUGAUUCUCUAAGUUUAUUCUCAAAAAACUGCACGACUCUCAGAGGUAAUCUAGUGAUGGAAAAGAUGACAGCACUUCCAGAAAAAAUCGAUGUACUUUCCAAUUUAUGGUUCAUUAAAGGCGCGAUAGUCAUCAGGAAUAAUGACUUUAAAGGAUCCAACUUUUCAUUCUUGAACAAUAUCCGAUGCAUCGAGAAUGAUAACGGUCCAGCAGUUGUACUCGAGGGAAAUUCCAAUCUUUUUACGCUAGGAUUGAGAAAAGUGAUAUAUAUUGCAGGAGAUGGAGAACCAGUUUUUUCUAUGAUUGGCGACAGUUAUCUGCAAUUGGCUCCAAAUCGAGAACUAAACCGAUUGAUAAAGGCUGCAAGUGCUGACGGCCACUUUCACGAGGGUUUAUUUUAUGUCACGGAAAGCAAUGAGGAUUAUGAGGAAAUAAUUUUCUUCGUAACAUUUGGUGCUACAUGCCUAAUCGUUGUUGCUUUCAUUCUAGUUGGACAGUUUGUUUUAAAAAUACAUAUUCCAAAAGGACGCGAAUCUAUUACGUCUCUUACAGCCAGAAGCUCAAUUUCUACUCCAUCUACCAGAUCUGCCACAAAUAGUUUGAUAUCAUCUAAAAGUAAACUUUAUUCACUACGCAUUCCUCCCGCAUCGAAAAGGGGUUCGAAGAAAGGAUGA